GGGACGGAGGCGGAGCGGAUCGCCCUGGGAUGGGACGUGUCCUCCCGAAAUGUCCUACCUGUGUCCUCUUGGGUAGAGUUCGUUUUAAGAGAGAUUCUUGGGUCCACCGGUAAGGUACGAUACCUGUUCCGAUUAGGUAUGACUCUGCCCUCCACCCCUCCCUCAAACCCCUCAGUGUAAAACGGCAGAUGGUCUAGUCCAGCGAAGACACCUUUCGCUGCCCCGGAGGCGCCUGAUGAGACGAGGGCGGGCCGCGCACGCAUGCGCAGAGGCGCAGCAUGGGGGCAGGAGCCGCUGAGCCCCUUUCCCGGCGUCUGUGAUCGUUGCUAGGAAGAACUGAGUACAAAAAUGAACACAAUGUAUGUGAUGAUGGCUCAAAUCUUAAGAUCGCAUCUGAUAAAUGCUGCAAUGAUUCCUAAUCGAGUGAAAGUGCUUCCAUAUCUUGGUGUAAUUAGAAAUAGGAUGAUAUCAACUCAUAAAUCCAAAAAGAAGAUGAGAGAAUAUUAUAGGCGCCUGAAUUUGGAUGAAGGAUGCUCCGCUGAUGAUGUCAGGGAAUCUUUUCGUGAGCUUGCCAAGCAGUACCAUCCGGACAGUGGUUCUACUACUGCUGAUUCUGCAACAUUUAUAAAGAUUGAAGAAGCUUAUAGGAUGGUGCUUUCCCAUGUGAUAGAACAAACAAAUGCCAGACAGAAUAAAGUUGAAGUAGCAGAAGAAGAAGAAGAAAAACUCAAAUAUAAAACACCCCAACACCGGCAUUAUUUAAGUUUUGAAGGUAUUGGUUUUGGAACUCCAAGUCAACGAGAGAAACAAUAUAGGCAAUUUAGAGCAGAUCGUGCAACUGAGCAAGUGAUGGAAUAUCAAAAGCAGAAAAUACAAAGACAGUAUUUUGCUGAUAGUUUAACUGUUAAAGAUGUAAGACAGAGUAAAGAACAAAAGAUAACUAAAGCAAUAGAGCGUUUAGUGGAGGAUCUCAUUCAGGAAUCAAUGGCAAAAGGAGACUUUGACAAUCUCAGUGGGAAAGGAAAACCUCUAAAAAAAUUUUCUGGCUGUUCAUAUAUUGAUCCUAUGACCCACAACCUGAACAGAAUAUUGAUAGAUAAUGGAUACCAACCAGAAUGGAUUCUAAUGCAAAAGGAAAUAAAGGAUACUAUUGAUGAACUCAGAAAGGCAAUUUUAGUGUCAAGGAAAAAACUUGGGAAUCCAAUGACAUCAACUGAACAGAAACAGUGGAGCCAAGUUUGUGAGCAGUUUCAAGAAAACAUCAGAAAACUAAAUAAGCGAAUUAAUGAUUUUAAUUUAAUUGUUCCUCUCCUGACCAGGCAAAAAGUCCAUUUUGAUGCACAGAAAGAAAUUGCCAAAGUCCAGGAAAUAUAUGAGACCCUUAUAAAAACAAAAGAAGUCACAGAUAAAAACCCAAGUAACAUUGAUCAGGAAGAAGGGGAGAAAACACCUGGAGUCAAGACAGGUUUUUUCAACUGGAUGAAUAUGUGGAAAUUUAUUAAAAUGUGACCAUUUCAAUGUUCACACUACUGCCCCAAAUUGUUUUUGGUUGUACUGACAUCACACAUAGAGGCUGAGAUUUAUGGCUGUAAAACAGGAGUUUGAGAACUGUGUGCCUGGGUGCUUUUCACAAAACUAAUCACAUCUGCAGUGAUGUAUUAUAUGAGUAAGAAAGCUAUAAGAAACUGUCAGAGAAAUGUUCAACCAGCUUUGCUCUGGGAAUAUAGCAAGAAAAGAAGAGAACUUACUUGUAAGACAACAAUUGAAUCCAUUUCAGAGUUUAACUGUCAGUCAGGUAAAAUGAGUUAGGACAGGGAUUCUGACUGGGGAUCAUAACGAAUAUUCCAAACGUGCAGUUUUAAACUCUAGUAACUUAAAAACAGUUGCUGUUUGCCAUGUUCAAACACAGGUACUUAGCAACAGUAACAAAAAAACUAAAAAUGUGUUAUCAAAAGUCACAAAACUAAACAAGUAAACCUCCAAAUGAUGUAUGUUUUUUGCAUGUUUUCUGCAUUUAUACACCUGAGGUUUUAUUGAAGCCCAAAACUGUUCCAAGACUUUUGGGAUACUCUAUAUGGGUGAAAAUGUUAAGAUAAGGGAAUUAGCCUAAGAGAGGUACUCUUCUUUUUUUUUUGUAAGGGCCUUCUGUGUGUGUACUGGAUUUAAAGAAAAAAAAAAUCUGGGUUGUACUUUUUCCUGCCUAACUUCAUGAUCCAUUGGCUGCACAAAUCAAUCAACCAAGCUAGAUGAUUUAGCUAUUCUAGAAAUAGACCCCAGUGCCCACUUUUAAAGAGUUUUGAGUGUAUUUUCUGAUCGUUCAAAGGUGGGGGAAAAAAAUCCUUGGGCUCAAUGGAAAGUUAAGAUUUCACGUCUGGCUUCAUAUCUAACCAGAGAAUGAUUGAGUCUGAAGCUUCUCUCUGUGUCAUGUAUGGGACUCCCCAGAGGCUUUUUCAGCCAUAUGAAAAUCUCAAUUUACUGUCAUCCUUUAGUAAACAAAGACACGAUGUCCGAAUUUUGUACCAAUUUGCACCUUUGGCAAAUGACAAGAGAUUGACAUUCAUAAGAUUGUUGUGUCCCAUCCCCUUUCAGAAAAUCUGAAUUUUAGGUUUGUUAAUUGCUUUAGCCACAGAAUUAGGCAAUUAGAAGGACAUGGAGAGUGGUCAAAAGGAGCAGGUCUGUUCCUUAUUUAAUUCAGAGCGCUGUAUUCUAGAUGUGUUUCAGAAACAUGGCACUUGCCACUUCUGUUUUGGAAAAACAGCUAUUUUGUAAAUUGUGAUAGUCAAAACAAAGCUACAGCUUCAAAAGGAAAUUUCAGGCCUUUUUACUUGGAUGAUGGGGCAUUCUUUGGUAUAAUAUGUGAUUAUUUUGUUGAAUGAGUUAGAAUUUGGCCUCUAUAAUGAUAGUAUUACUCUAAACAAAAUUGUGAACAGUAUGAAUAUAGCUUUAUAAUGAGAACUGAGUUCCAAAAUAUUUUAGAAGGCUAUGAUUCUGUCAAUCUUGUUAUUAAAAAUGGGAAUUCAAUGUGUGAUACCUAAUUCCAUUGCAGCAACAUUUGUAAAGGAAACCAUUUUCAAUAUUGGGUAAUGGGUGGGAAGGCAAAGUUACCAGAAAACUGGUAAAUCCUUAAUUUCAGCACAAGACACUUUAUGUUUGUAAAUGUUGUCUAUAGUAAUAAAGUUAAUUAUUAUUCAAUGGUCCAUUUUUACAAAAACAAAUAAUAACCAUACUUUUGGAUGACCACCUAAAUAAAUGUUUUUUAACCUUUUUGACUGAUAAUAUCAAAACUGUAAUAUAGAUUAUUCUUGUUAAGAAGGCAAAUUCGCCUGUAUAAAAACAGAUUCACUUAUUUAAGUAACGAAACUCCAGGUCAGAAAAAAGAUUUUGGCCAGUUUCUUGGAGUUUGUUGAAUUGGAAUCUGACACUUAUCUCUCUUAGGAAGCAGCAUUGACUUUUUUCUUGUAGUUUUUCACCUUCUAACUUUGUCAGCUUUUCAGAUCUAGUAGUAAUUUAUUGAGAUUUCUGAACUCAGAAGUACUGCCUUUCCUUUUCAACAAUGGUCUGUUCAUUCAACAUACAUUUACUGAAGUCCUGAAACAGAAUCCACCAUUCUACCAUCUGGAUUCUCAGAAAUUAAGAAUUGAGGGAGGCAGAUGGACCCCUCAUGUAAUCCUCAGAUACUCACUUUCCUUGGUGUUACUGCUGCCACCAGAACCCCAGCUCCAGGUUGGGGACACUGGGCUCCCUCUCUUGCUGUGACCGAAGGGCAGACCCACAAAUGUGGUCAUGAUACCUCUUGCCCGCCUGAGACCAGACCAGAACACCAAAUUACAACUUUCCUCAAGGCUCAGGGAUGACCAGGGAAGGGAUGACAGUCCCUAGGAUGGGAUAACCUGGCUUUUAGCCCUCUCCAGUUUGCUUCUGAGCCCAGGCCCCAGCCUGCUGUGGAUGACAGAGCCCACCAUUCUCUUACCUCUGGGGCAGCCCUCAAGUGCCCUAAGUAUGCCCCCACUGCCCCAAAUCCAGACUUAGGAAAGUAGGGUCUAAGCAAUUUUCUUUCCUGCCAAGACCAAUUUCAAAGGUCUGGCUUCCUCUUCAAGGACCCGUAUCUUUCCUAAAUGAUUGAUGUAUGCCAUUGUCCCCAGCCCCAAAAGUGAUAGAGCCUACUGAAGGUCUCAACAGGACAGAUACAUCCAAAUACACCCCAAUAAGCUUACCAUUAUUACAAGAGAGACUUACUCAGUCAUGGGGCAGGGUUCUUCCCAGUGCCCCUUGAGAACCUCCUGGCAAGGAGCAUGUGGCCCAGUGGCGACUCAGCUUUGGCAUUUACAGCUGGGCCUCUGCUUUCUGUGGUUUCCACCUCUGGGUGAUCCUGAUUCCGUGGCCUCGUCCUCUGAACUUCCCCAUUCAGCCACAGUUUAAAUCAUAAUUUGCCCAGUUGAGCCCUAAGAUUCUUCGUGAGCUUUCCUUAAAUGAUGUAGUGGACAGCGGUUGUGCUUUUGCAGCCUCUCAUCUUCCACAUGGCAUAUACUGACGGUAGCACGUGUCAUUCAUCUGGGGAAGAUGUGCUUCCUAGUACAGGAAGUCAGACAUUUAAAGUUGGUCUUAGCAGGAGAGAA